UCGUAUGACCACAUUUAUUAGGUAUUAUAUUCCGUUUUUAUAAAUCAAUACGUAAAGAAACUGAAACUACGUAAAACGUAUUUUAAAAUGUUAUCAAAGCUAAAAGGUCGCUAUAAAUAAUGCAGCAGAGAAUUAUUCUCAAAUACGUAAACAGAGUGCGAACUAACGAGUGUGAUCAGCAGAACCGUAUUACAUUUUUUUUUAAAAAGUCCAAGGUAAUUAAAAAUGGCACAUUUUGGUAAAAGUUUUAUAAAACUGAAUGCUAUUAUGAAUCGUGGAUCAAAAGCUGUUAUUUGCUAUUAUUAUAAAAUGCCGGGAAGAGAUUCAAUUUCAGCAAGAAAUUAUCAGACUAUUAGCAAACUUAAGGAAAGGGAACCCGUUAAUCAAAUUGGCGAAAUAAGUCAAAAAGUUUUUGAAAGAGAAUUGCGAUUUGGAGCACAUAAUUACGAAAGUAUUCCGGUUGCGCUUUGUAGAGGAAAAGGUGUUUACUUAUGGGAUGUAGAAGGCAACAAAUACUUCGAUUUUUUGAGUGCAUACUCUGCGGUAAAUCAGGGCCACUGUCACCCGAAAAUUAUAGAAGCCCUUAAGAAACAAGCAGAUAUUUUAACGUUAACUUCAAGGGCUUUCUAUACCGAUGCCUUCGGAGAAUAUGCGGAAUACGUAACAGAUCUUUUAGGGUUCGACAAAGUUCUUCCAAUUAACAGUGGCGUAGAAUCCGGAGAAACUGCAUGUAAACUGGCAAGAAAAUGGGGUUACACUAAAAAGGGAAUCCCCAACGAUCAAGCCAAGAUUGUAUUUGCAAAAGGAAAUUAUUGGGGAAGGACAAUAUCAGCAAUUUCAUCAUCUACUGAUCCGUCCUGUAAAGACCGUUAUGGUCCAUUUAUGCCUGGAUUUUUAUUGGUUCCUUACAACGAUUUAGACGCUUUAGAAAACCUUCUGAAGCAUGAUCCUCACAUUUGCGCGUUUAUGGUGGAACCCAUUCAGGGAGAAGCAGGUAUAAUUGUACCAUCACCUGGUUACUUGAAGGGAGUACGUGAACUUUGUACAAAAUACAACGUCCUUUGGAUUGAUGAUGAAGUUCAAACAGGUCUUGGAAGAACCGGAAAACUUUUAGCGGUAGAUCACGAAAAUGUAAAGCCUGAUAUGGUUUGCCUAGGAAAAGCCUUAUCUGGAGGAACUAUGCCAGUGUCUGCAGUUUUAGCCAACGAUGACAUUAUGUUAUGUAUGAAACCCGGAGAACAUGGCUCCACUUACGGAGGGAAUCCCCUGGGUUGUAGAGUCGCUAUAGCUGCUUUGAAAGUAAUCGUGGAGGAAAACCUUCCGGAAAACGCUAGAAGAUUGGGAGAAAUUUUAAAGGAAGAACUCCAUAAUUUAUCAAAAACUAUUGUAAAUGAAGUUAGAGGAAAAGGCCUAAUGCAAGCCAUUGUCAUUAAAAGUAAUGAAAACUUUACCGCAACUGAUGUGUGCCUAAAAUUACGAGACAACGGUUUGCUGGCCAAAUCCACUCACAGGGAUGUAAUACGACUGGCUCCACCCCUAAUUAUUAAUGAGACAGAAUUGAGAGAGUGUUGCAAAAUAAUUAUAGAUACAAUUAAUUCGUUUCGUAAAUAGAUCUGUUGUGUUCUCUCGUGUUUGGAAUAAACACAAAAGGAACAAAAAAGGGAUUUCUCCUGGACACAGGUGAAAGGUAUGUAAAAGAGUUUGUAACAAUAAAUGACCCUUCGGUUGUUUUAUUUUGAACAUGAAAUGGAGUUCACAAAGGUCUAUUAUUAUGAUACAUUAUGUGCGUCGAUUAUUCUGUAUAUAUUGAUACAAUAAAAAAAUAGUUGUCUAAUAAAAUUAUGGUAUAACA